AUGGAUUUUCCCAAGUUACUAAAUAAGCCUUCUCUAGAUUUACUAAAAAACGAUUUUCCGCACGCAAAUAAAUUCGAGUUAGAGCACACCAGCGUUUCGAAGCAACCAUUUCUAAAAAGCGGCUUCACCUUUUCAAAUAACACAUACAGUAUUUACACCAAUUUUAAAAACAAUGUUUAUAACACGAAAAACGAACUCAAAUUUGACAAUACGGGGAUAAGUUUAGUGGAUGUGAAAUAUGAACCGGGUUUUGUAAAAAAUUUAAACAUCUGUGGUAAAUACACGAAAAGCAGUGGAAAAGAAGAUGAUGCUUUUGAAGUAUAUAGUGAGUAUAACGCAGACAGUAUGAACGUAUUUUCGUCCGUUAACGUUCGUAAUUUAUUUUUCAAAUACAUACAUGUAUACGCUCAUCCGAAAUAUCCUAAUCUGAAGUUUGGGGGUCAGCUUCAAGGAAACUUGGACGUAAAGAAUUUGCAAUGCUCGUUGGGUGGAGCUUAUACAAAGCAUUUCUAUGAUACCCAAUACAUAUUUUCCUUCAGAUCAAUACCGAGCAACAAACACUUGUAUGGAUCAUUUGCCUUGAAUUUAUUUUUCCAAAAUAAAAAUAUAAAUGACAAUGCUGUAAGUAUAGAGCUUAUUCAAAAUAUUAUCGAAAGAAAAGCAAAUAUAAAUAUUGCAUCCAUUUGGUAUCUUAGUAAUAAAAACACAGCAAUAAAAACAAAACUAAGUAACGAUAGUAAAAUAGCUUUAUCACUAACACACAAGUACAACGAGUUUGUAACUGUUUCCUUAGGAUCACAGGUGGAUAUAACGAAAAUGUCGCUUCCGGAUAACACCAAAUUUGGUGUAAAGCUAUAUUUGAAGUCUUGA